ACUCACUGCCUCCUUUGUUUAAGAAGCUGUGAAGGAAGAGCACUCAGCCUCGUUUUCAUUCUUCCUGUUAUUUUUGAACUGUUUGGCAGUUAACUCCCCACCAUGCCUGAACCCUCCAAGUCUGCUCCGGCCCCGAAGAAGGGCUCCAAGAAGGCGGUGACCAAGGCUCAGAAGAAGGACGGCAAGAAGCGCAAGCGCAGCCGCAAGGAGAGCUACUCCGUGUACGUGUACAAGGUGCUGAAGCAGGUCCACCCGGACACCGGCAUCUCGUCCAAGGCCAUGGGCAUCAUGAACUCGUUCGUUAACGACAUCUUUGAGCGCAUCGCGGGCGAGGCGUCGCGCCUGGCGCAUUACAACAAGCGCUCGCUGUUGCUGCCCGGGGAGCUGGCCAAGCACGCCGUGUCUGAGGGCACCAAGGCUGUCACCAAGUACACCAGCUCCAAGAGACACGGGUUCGAGCCCCGGUCCUGGAAGAUCCUACAUGGAGCAACCAAGCCCGUGCACCACAACUACUGAGCCUGAGCCUGAACUCUAGAGCCCGUGAGCCACAACUACCAAAACCCGCGUGCUCCGCAACAAGAGAAGCCACCGCAAUGAGAAGCCCGCGCACCGCAACAAAGCGUACCCCCCGCUCACCGCAAAUAGAGAAAGCCCGAGCACAGCCCGCGGCAACGAAGA